AUGAAGCCCACGCCUCUAGAUUACAAUUGCGGCCCGGCGGCGGCGGCGGCAGCGGGGUGCGCUGGCUGGGCGUGGAGGCCGAGGCCGAGGCCGCGCGGGGGCGGGAGGGCACCAGGGGUGUCGCCCAAGUGCUCCCACUCGGCGUCGUCGUCGUCGUCGGCGGCGGCGGGAGUGGUGCCCUCGGAGCACCGUCGCCGCGAGGUGCUGUACCGCCCGGUGGAGCAGCCCGGGACGGGGUACGGGUCGGAGCUGGAGGCGCGGAUCGAGAAGGUCAUCUUCGCCUGCCGCUUCAUGACCUUCCUCGGCAUCGGUGGCUUGCUCCUCGGCUCCGUCCCUUGUUUCCUCAAGGGAAGCGUUCAUGUGAUGAAUGCCUUCGUCGACUACUACCUGCACGGCGGAGGGAAGCUCAUCCUCAUGCUGCUGGAAGCCAUUGAAAUGUUUCUCAUUGGAACGGUCACGUUUGUCUUGGGGAUAGGCUUGUACGAGCUCUUCAUCAGUACCAUAGACUCCUCUUACGGGUCCAACCUCUUCGGCCUGUUCAGCCUUCCGGACCGGCCCAAGUGGGUUGAAAUCAAGUCGCUAAAUGAUCUUAAGACAAAGCUGGGUCAUGUCAUUGUCCUGGUUCUACUGGUUGGCAUCUUCGAGAAGAGCAAGAGGGUCACCAUUACAUCCUGUGCUGACCUCUUAUGCUUUGCUGGAACGAUUUUCCUUUCUUCAGUUUGCCUCUACCUACUUUCCAAGCUCCAUACCACCAAAUGA